AUGGCUAUCGCGGCAUGCAAAGGGUCUCAGAGGCGUGGCCCUGUCAGAAGCGAUUGGUUAACUGGAGUCAUGGGCAUGGAUCUGAUAAAUUUCGGCUGUAACGAUACAGUCACCGUACUCCGGAUACUUCAACACCUUGCCAAGAGACACGCCAAGACAUGGCAUUACCACGGAUUUACUAUGGGCAAUGCUCCUUUAACCACCACGCAACAGAGUGCCCUUUUCUUUAAUCUUGAGGCGCCAUGUUCCAGAAUAACGGUGAUGUACCUGGGACCAAAGCAGAUUCAAGUUAUCUUUCGAGGAUCGUCAGGCACAGUGGACGUAAAAUUACCAAUCGUUCCAUACAAGUAUUCGGCGGGCCGGUGGGACUGCCAUACGGGGAGUUCUCUAGUGACUUGCAUCUCCUCCUCCUAUGGGAGGCGGGGAGGGAUCGGUUGCUUGACUCGGACAAGGGUGGAUACUGGGUGCGAAGUUCAACGGGCGAAAUUUUGGCUGCCUCCAGGCGUGGGAUUGACACCCACAUAUCUUCAUUGCAAAAAGGGUUUCUCGCCGAUAAACUCUAUACUUGAGCAGUCUGAACCCAAUACGUGCAACCUACAGCCCAACCAUGAACAGGACAUCAUGCCAAGCGGCAAAACUAUCACAAUCAUACAAUGCGCAGAUACACCAACUACCAUUUCUAAAAUGAACCUACCAAGUCAUGAGUCAAAGGCGGGAGAUGACCGACGGCCCGUACGUCGCUGCAUUAUUGCCAAGCACGGCCUUCCAGCUGGUGGCGCCUUGUUGGUGGGCUUCGGCGAUAUUAGUCUUGGCAGCCCACAUGGCCGGUGGGCUCCGUCGUCGGUGGCUACAGAUACGGGCUCCUAUGAACGGGGAAGUAUCACUUUGACGAGGACUAGGCAUACGUAUACUUGGUUGGAUCGUUAUUUCCGACUUAUCAAUCUCUUGCGUCUUGGCACGUCCAACCAUAUGGCUCAAUGGUUCGUGGGCGCAAUUUAA